AUGUCAACCACCACUGUCCAAGAAUUGGCCGCGGCCACCAACGAAUCUUACACCAUCAAAGACCUCGUUGACUUCAGCAGCCGCACAUACGGCGAUUGGCGCGAUGAGUUCCAUAAGAACGGUUGUGUCGUCAUCAAGAAUGUGAUCAGCCCGGAACGCGCGAAGUACUACUGCGACAAGCAGAUCCAGUGGCUGAAGAACUUUGAACUGGGAUUUGAUGAAAACGACGAAAGUACCUGGACGGCGGAACAUCUGCCCGUUAGUUUCAAAGGAGGCAUGUACUUCGCCUACGGCUCCACUCAUGAGAAGAUGGCAUGGGAGGCUCGCUCCGAGCCUGCCGUUGUGGAGAUCUUUGAGAAGCUAUGGGAGACCAAGGAGCUUCUUUGCUCGUUUGACGGGCUGAACAUCUCCAUGCCCCGCCGCAAGGAUCUAAACUGGAGCCCUUGGCCGCAUUGCGACCAGAACCCAGACCGAAAAGGAAUGCAAGCCGUCCAAGGGCUGCUUAACUUCGCACCGAACGGUCCGAAAGACGGCGGUCUCAUGCUCAUGAAAGGAUCGGCCAAGCUGUUCGAUGAAUUCUUCGCCCAGAAGCGUGAGCAAUACGACCACGAGGAUGCCCCACCCCCAGAGCUCAAGUACAUGGAUCUUUUCCUGUUUCACGACAAAGACCUGAAAUGGUUCCAAGACCGGGGAUGCGAGCUGGUGAAGAUAAACAUGGAGCCCGGUGACUUUGUGCUCUGGGACUCACGCACCAUGCAUUACGCUUGUCUACCCGAGGGCGAUCAAAUUCGUCAUGUUCAGUACAUCUGCAUGACCCCAAAACGGUUCGCCACUCCCAAAGCAUUGGAAUUGAAGAAGUAUUGCUUCGAGAAUUUUAUGGGCACCACCCACUGGCCGCACUGCAAUAUUCGUCCUGCCAGUGAAAAGCCUAUGCGGAACGGAGAGGUGUGUCACAAGUACCGGACCGAGCCAUUUGAGAAGCCCGAGAGGACCGAUACCGUGCUUCGCUUGGCUGGUGUUAAGGAUUACUAG